AUGUCAACUCCGAGUGAGCUCAAGUCUCCGUGUGUGAUGCGGAACGGCAUGGUCAAGCUGCCUCCCCAGCCCAACGGCCUCGGCUCAGCCAGCAUCACCAAAGGCACGCCAGCUGCCAAGAACCGUCUGUGCCAGGCUUCCUCGAUGCCCCCGAGCCUGCCAUACCACUUAGAGGCACUUCCAAUGGCCACUGACACCAGGCAGUACGUGAAGCUGGAGAGGCAGCUGGCCCUCGACGAGAAGGUGCUAAACCGGCUGCUGUGGUACUUCACCACGGCAGAGAAAUGCGCUCUGGCCCAGGUGUGUAAAACAUGGCGUAAAGUCCUGUACCAGCCCAAGUUCUGGGAGGGUGUGACCCCUGUCCUGCAUGCCAAGGAGCUCUAUAAUGCUCUGCCCAAUGGCGAGAAGGAGUUUGUGAGUCUGCAGGCGUUCGCACUACGGGGCUUCCACUCCUUCUGCCUGGUGGGCGUCUCUGACCUGGACAUCUGCGAGUUCAUCGACAACUACCCGCUGUCCAAGAAGGGAGUAAAGUCACUCAGCCUGAAGCGCUCCACCAUCACGGAUGCAGGGCUUGAGGUGAUGUUGGAGCAGAUGCAAGGCCUGCUGCACUUGGAGCUUUCAGGCUGUAACGACUUCACCGAGGCAGGCCUGUGGUCGAGUCUGAACGCUCGGCUCACGUCGCUGAGCGUCAGUGACUGCAUCAACGUGGCUGACGAUGCCGUGGCAGCGAUCUCGCAGCUCCUGCCCAAUCUGUGCGAGCUGAGUCUGCAGGCGUACCAUGUGACCGACACAGCAAUGGCCUACUUCACAGCCAAGCAGGGCUGCACGACACGUACGCUGCGCCUGCACUCCUGCUGGGAGAUCACCAACCAUGGCGUGGUGAACAUGGUGCACAGCUUGCCCAACCUGACCGCGCUCAGCCUCUCAGGCUGCUCAAAGAUCACAGACGAUGGCGUCGAACUCGUGGCCGAGAACUUGCGCAAGCUGCGGAGCCUCGAUCUUUCCUGGUGCCCGCGCAUUACAGACGCCGCACUCGAGUACAUCGCUUGCGAUCUGCACAAGCUUGAGGAGCUCGUUCUCGACCGGUGUGUGAGGAUCACGGACACAGGCCUCGGGUACCUCUCUACCAUGUCCUCGCUUCGCAGUCUUUAUUUACGCUGGUGUUGUCAGGUGCAGGACUUUGGCUUGCAGCACUUGUUUGGGAUGAGGAGUCUUCGUCUUCUGUCUCUCGCAGGCUGCCCCCUGCUGACCACCACAGGCCUCUCAGGCUUGAUCCAGUUGCAGGAUCUGGAGGAACUAGAGCUGACCAACUGCCCCGGAGCAACGGCCGAGCUCUUUAAGUACUACUCCCAGCACCUGCCGCGCUGCAUGGUCAUCGAGUAG